GUCAGAGAAUGUUAACUUGCUGCUUCAAACUCACCUCUUUCUCUGUGAAACUGGACCAGCUGACGGCAGAAGAUGCUGGAGAGUACUGGUGUGGAGUACAGGCAAGUGCUGGUGAAUCCAUCACUCUGAUCAGCUGGACCCAACUAUUUGUUGAACCUGAAGCUCCACCAUCAUCAUAUCAUGCUACCUAUGCAUUUAUCCCCAUGGCCGUGUUUGGAGUAGUGCCUUUUGUAUACAUGAAAUGCAAAAGGAAGAUAUCAGUUUCUGCUGCCCCUAGCCGGAAAACUACUGCUCCUUCUGCCACACCAGAGCCGGCUGUUUAUGAAAAUGAUCUGACUGCAACAUCACAGGAUGAAGUUCCAUCGAACACCACAGCACCUGAGUCAGUCUACCAGAGCCUGAACCCCAACAUCAUGGUACAAGAUCCAGUUUAUCAUCAGCUGAACCCCAACACCAUGGUGCAGUAUCCAGUAUACCAGAGCCUGAACCCCAACACGAUGGUACAGAAUUCAGUCUAUCAUCAGCUGAACCCCGACACCAUGGUACAGGAUCCAGUCUACCAGCACCUGAACCCCAACACCAUGGUACAGAAUUCAGUCUAUCAUCAGCUGAACCCCAACACCAUGGUACAUGAUCCAGUCAACCAGUGCCUGAAUCGGGUGUAAUCUCUGUGACGAAUCUGGUCAGCAACAACUGUAGUUUGCGGUUUCUCCUCCUAAAUCUCUUCACUAAAAUAUACAUUUUCUUCAGAGUAAUUAUGAGUGGAAGAAAAACUUUUUUAUCCAAACUUUAAUGUGCAGCCAACACAUUAGGACUUCAAAAUCAUAUUUCGGGGCACAGCUCUUGUAAGUUGCAUGGCUGGUUUUCUCGGUUAGGG